UCGAGUCUCCUGUACCAUGCCAUGCCAUUCCCUCUCUCUUCCUCUUUCAUUUGAAAUCCCCAAAUCCCAAAUUCCAAUCAAUUCCCAAUUUCCCUGAACCCGAUUUCCAAUCGAUCCCAAUGGCAGCCUCAUCCCCACGCGAAGAGAUCGUGUACGUCGCCAAGCUCGCCGAGCAAGCCGAGCGAUACGAGGAGAUGGUUGAGUUCAUGGAGAAGGUCGUCUCCUCCCUCCCUGAAGGCGAAGAGCCCACCGUCGAAGAGCGCAACCUCCUCUCCGUCGCCUACAAGAACGUGAUCGGCGCCCGCCGUGCCUCGUGGCGCAUCGUCUCCUCCAUCGAGCAGAAGGAGGAGAGCCGCGGCAACAGCGACCACGUCGCCACUAUCAAGGAGUACAGGGCUCGGAUCGAGAACGAGCUCUCCAACAUCUGCGGUGGGAUUCUCAAGGUUCUCGAAUCCAAGCUUGUUCCUGCGGCAAACGUUGGAGAGUCCAAGGUGUUUUAUUUGAAGAUGAAGGGAGAUUACCAUAGGUAUUUGGCUGAGUUCAAAACUGGAGACGAGCGCAAGGAGGCCGCUGAGAACACCCUCAAUUCCUAUAAGUCAGCUCAGGAUAUUGCAACCUCUGAGCUGGCCCCAACUCAUCCCAUCCGUUUAGGAUUGGCUUUGAACUUCUCUGUGUUUUACUACGAGAUUCUAAAUUCUCCUGACCGGGCUUGCAGUCUUGCCAAGCAGGCUUUUGAUGAAGCCAUUGCAGAGCUGGAUACACUGGGAGAGGAUUCAUACAAGGAUAGCACUUUGAUAAUGCAACUUCUUCGUGAUAAUCUCACAUUGUGGACUUCGGAUAUGCAGGAUGACGGGACAGAUGAGAUUAAACAAGCACCCAAGCCUCAAGCUGAGGCGCAGCAGUGAAGUUAAUCGUCCUCCGAUUCUUCAUCUGUUCGUGCUUAACCCUUGGCGGUUUGUUAUUCAAAAUAAAACGAGGUAUCUAGUUGUUCUAUUUGCACUUUCGGGCUUGUAUAAUUGUCGGAUGGCAAAUCAACAUAUUUUAGCUAUAACUAUUUACAUCUUGAAGUGUAGUACAAUUAGUCUUAACUCAUGGAGUGUUGAGCCAAAAAUUGAACAAGGCACAAGUUGUGUAUUGUUGAAUAUUCUUAUAAAUUUGAGUAGGUUAAUUCAUGUGUUUGAUAUUUGAUUUUAAAA